AUGCUCUCCGAUGACGACGACUGCGACCAGUUCGACUGUUAUGACUCGCCCGGCAUUCACACUGAUUCUGUUAACGUUCGACCGGCGAUGCAGACUUCCUCUGACCGGUACCAAACGUUACAACGACGACGACGAAAGGAAAUUACUGACCAGCGAGUAAUUCCGCUAACAGAUUCCUUAAUCGGGGCAGUGGGACGCCCUAAUCAGGUAAGAAGGGACGUCGAGGAAGACGGAGAACAACAAAGAGAGUCGACCGACUUGACUUAUGCCUCCAGAAUCAGAAUCUUAAUUGGGCAAAGUUGGAGGAUCCUCUCUUCGAACGCCGCCAGGUUGUUGUGGGAAGUCGACAAAGUCGGAAAAGCUUGCGCGGUUGGUAAAGGGAAUGAGUAUCGUUGCUCACUUUUUUGA